AUGGCGCAGGGUGGGGGUGGGGUUCCGCCCCAGUGGGCUGGAGGGGUGGGCACCCUCGGGAGAAACUUUCCCAGUCCUCACCUGGGAUCUGAGGGCCUGGUGCCAGCCCUGGGCCCACUCGGCUGCGGGAAUCUGCCUGUUCUUGGGGUGCAGAGCCAGCGGCUGGGCCUGAUGCUGGUGUGCGAGCUGCGGGUGGGCUGGGUGCCUGCCUCCUGGUGGCUGCCCCCACCUCCACAGACUCAGCAGGCUUCCCAGCCCUUCUCCCCAGGCCCCGAUCAAGAGUUCGGGGAGCGGGUGGGCUUUCAGAGCACGCCCAGCCUGGGCUCAGGCCACCUUCCCUUCAAAGUUGUAUUCGCGAGCCUCACAAUGACAAGAAACCUGGAGCGAGCCGGGUGGCUGACGCUUUGCCCCGAAGAUCAAGACUUUCUCCUGAGACAGAAGCAGAGACUCUCCCAGGUCAGAGAGAACGGCGAGGAGGCCGGUCGGAGGAGGCAGGAGCUCUGGCGGCCGGAGAACCAGCAGCUCCAGGGCUGGGCGGAGCAGUCCGGGGCCGAGUGGCAGGAGGUCCGGAAGCAGCGGGUCCGAGAGCUGGAGCAGCUGUACUUAGCACGUCUGCUGGGCGUGGGAGGCAGGCGCACGAAGGACAGCGAGCUGGCCGAGGAGGGGCCUGUCCAGAGAGCAGCCACCAGGCAGCAGAGGGCCAGGGAGAAGUACACAGACGCCCUUAGAGAGGAGAAGAGCUGCACGGAGUGGCUGGCCAAGGAGUCGGGGUGGCACGCCAAGUCUCGGAAGAAGCACGGUGCCUCCAAUGUCACCGCUGUGACCCGGGGUCCCCCCAGCCCCCCUGAGAAGAGAAAAGGCAAGAGAAAGCCCUCCGUGAAACCUAGCAGGGACCACCGGCACCUGGCUCCCUGGGUGAACGGAGGGGUGGAGGUAGGCAGGUUACAUCCGCUUCUUGGUGAAGUCAGAUACCUGGAGAGGAGGAAGGGGGUCACCCAGGCCCAGAGGAAGCACCUGAGGAAGCAGCCAGCUUCUUCUCAAGGCCUGAAGCACAACUAUCUGGAUUCGAGUCCUGAGGGCGGGCGGAAGGAGCUGGGACAGCUGUGGCCAGUUAACUCGGCUUACAGUAGGGGAGCCGUGUCCGGGGCACCGCCGGGCAAGUCCGGGGACUUGAAGAGGUGGAAAAGGGAGCUGGAGAGUGCUGUGGAAGAGCUGUGUGACACCAACAGGAGGCUGAGGAAUCACCUGCAAUUGCAUCGGGAACUGAGGCCCCAGCAGGAGCAGAGCCCCGACGAGGAGUGGGGAUGCCCGGAGGGGUCAGAACCGAGAAGCAAGGCCCAGAGGCAGAAGAAGACCCCAGAGACAGAGACAGCGCCAGCCGGGGAACCCAGGGAGCCCGCGGAGGCCCACCAGACGCCUUCCAAAAUCAACCUGAAGAAAUUACUAGAGAGGAUGGAGACCCAAAAAUAUCAUAGGUUGGCUAAGUGUGUGUUUGAAAAGAAAAACAAAAUGCCCAAAGCCAAGUUUAAGGACAAAGACAAAGCCCCAUCAUCCGAGACAGAAGUCUUUGUUGAUGAAGGGAGGCCACUCUCGUCUGGCACAGAGUCUGACCCAGAGCCCCCUGAAACAGUCACCGCGGCAGAGGGCAUCCACUCACCGCACCCUGGAGGGGAAGCCCACGGAGAGGACACGACAGAGACCAAGGUGGAGCAGAGGAGACGGCAGCACCCGGAGACGAGCCUGGACUCCCCCCACAGCCUUCAGCUGGGAGGAGAGGUGAGCGAGCCCAGGGAACCGCCGCCCACGCCCAGCCAGGGGCGGGUGGGAGGACAGGCGCCCAGCAUCACUUCCGCCUUGGGCAUCAACAUCGCUGAUGACGGCAGGCACGGCCAGGUGAUGCGGGACCUUCAGGAGCAGAUCCGAGAGCAGAACACGGUGCACAAGCAGUUUCUUGAAGAUGCCAGGAAGCGCUUGCAGGAGUUUCAGAAGCUAUGUUAA